AUGGAUGGACAUUGGUUGAUGUUUGCCAAACUCAAUGCAGCUGCACAGAAUAUUGCAAUGCUCAUCAUUGGCAGGGUCCUACUUGGAGGAGGCAUUGGCUUUGGCAACCAAGUUGUACCCUUGUAUCUUUCUGAAAUGGCUCCGACAAGGAAUCGAGGAGUAGUCAACCAACUCUUUCAGUUCACAACCUGUUUUGGAAUCUUGGUUGCAAACCUCAUCAACUAUUUUACUAACGAAAUACAUCCCCAUGGAUGGAGAAUCUCGCUGGGCUUGGCAGUUAUUCCGGCACUUCUGAUGCUUGUUGGAGGUAUUUUCUGUGCCGAGACACCUAACAGUCUUGUGGAACAAGGAAGAUUCGACGAGGCAAGAAAAGUAUUGGAGAAAGUAAGAGGGACUAAGAAUGUUGAUGUCGAAUAUCAAGAUCUUGUUGAAGCCAGUGAAGAAGCACAGGCUGCCACUAGCCCCUUUAGGACACUCCUGAAGAGGAAGUACAGACCCCAACUUGUGAUAGGAGCCUUGGGGAUUCCAGCAUUCCAGCAACUAACUGGCAAUAACUCCAUCCUCUUUUAUACUCCUGUCAUUUUCCAGAGUAUUGGGUUUGGUUCUAAUGCGUCACUGUUUUCAUCUUUUAUCACCAAUGGAGCUCUCCUCGUCGCCACAAUCAUCUCAAUGUUUUUAGUCGACAAGUUUGGUAGAAGGAAGUUCUUUCUGGAAGCUGGUUUUGAAAUGAUAUGCUGCAUGAUUGCUACUGCUGUAGCUUUGGCUCUGGAUUUCGGACAUGGCAAAGAACUUUCUAAAAGCAUCAGUUACUUUCUUUUUAUUGUGAUAUUCUUAUUUGUGUUAGCUUAUGGAAGAUCUUGGGGUCCACUAGGAUGGUUAGUUCCUAGAGAGCUCUUCCCAUUGGAGAUAAGAUCAGCAACACAGAGUAUAGUAGUGUGUGUCAACAUGAUCUUCACUGCACUUGUAGCACAGUUGUUCCUCAUGUCACUUUGUCACCUCAAAUAUGGGAUCUUCUUGCUGUUUGCUGGCUUAAUUGUCUUCAUGAGUAUGUUUAUCUUCUUCCUCUUGCCGGAAACAAAGCAAGUUCCAAUUGAAAAAAAUUAUCUCCUCUUUGAAAACCACCGGUUCUGGAAGAACAUUGUAGGACAAAGGGACCAACACCAUGGGAAGACAGCUGCUGUUUAAGAGCCUCAAUGAAG